GCUCCUUGGACCACUACUUCCAUAGGUCAGUCCACUCAUAAAUAACAGACUUUGAAUAGAAAAAACGUUAUGGACAUCAAGCUCAUGUGAUUCCAUUCUCUGAUCAUUCGCAUCACAUCCGCAUCCACAAAACUUCCCUCACCGCCCUAUUCUUCCUAGUCCUCGAUCCCAUCUUGCAGUAGAUGAUUCAACAGAAGUAGGAAAAAAGGUCGAACGCAAUGCUGGUGAGAAAUGGCUCGCAUGUUUCAGACACAUCCGAGUCAACAGAAUCAAUGCGGCAUGUGUAGCGUAAUAAGAGAUGUACAAUAUUUGCGUGAGACUUUUGAAACAGACUCCUCUUGAGUCUUGACCGCGUCUCUCAACUAUGUCCUCCCGUAUCGAACUCCUCAAUGCUGGUCUUCUUCGCAGCGAUGGUCGCAGACCUUAUGAACUACGAACAAUAGCCAUCAACUUCGAAGCACAGGGAACAGCAGAUGGCAGUGUCACCUACUCACAUGGCCUCACCCAAGUCCGAGUCUCAGUCCUUGGCCCACACGAAGCAAAACCAGGAACAAGACGCGAAACAUUCCAUGAUCGCGCAAUACUAAACGUCGAAGUCCAACUCGCCCCUUUUGGCGUCGGUGAACGAAGAAGAAGAGGCAGAGGCGACAAGCGCCUCCUCGAACUCGCAGCAUCAAUAAAAAGCACAUUCGAACCUGUCGUCCAAACUCAUCUCUACCCUCGCAGCACAAUCGACAUCUUCAUCCACGUUCUCCAGCUCGACGGCGGCCUCCUCCCCGCUUGCAUAAACGCCUCCACCCUCGCCCUAGCGACCGCAGGUAUCCCCCUCUUCGACUUUGUCUGUGCUAUCAGCGGAGGCGUGCACGGCACCCAACCAUUACUCGAUCUAACCACAGUCGAAGAAAACGAUGUGCCGAGUGUGGUGGUGGGCGUUAUGCCUCGUACAGGACGCGUGACGCUCGUCCAGAUGGAGACCAGGUUGCAUAUGGAUCGCUUUGAGGAGGUGUUUAGAGUUGCAUGUGAUGCGGGCAAGGUACUUUGGAGUGAGAUGAGGGGUGCGCUCAAGGAACAGACAGGUGACUUGGUGGAUAAACUUGAGGCUGGGCCUGGGAUGGUUGUGGUGAAGGAGACUGAGGAGAUGUAGGAUGCCCACUACUGUAGAGAUACGCACUUAGCUUCGACGUCAUCCGGCUUCGAAGAUUCGAAGAUGGGUGUGACCUGUGACA